AUGGCAGUGCAUGCAAGCGAUAAAACUUUCACCUGCAACAAUUGCGGAGAUUCGUUCAUUCAAGAAGCUCAAUUGACAGCUCAUGUGGUAUCCCACAGUGGAAAGAGUGGCACCCCAAGUGUCGAAACAGAAAUGGCAGAGCCUGCAGGUGAGAACCCUUUCACCUGCAACAAUUGCGGAGAUUCGUUCACCCAGGAAUCUCAAUUGACAGCUCAUGUGGUAUCCCACAGUGGAAAGAGUGGCACCCCAAGUGUCGAAACAGAAAUGGCAGAGCCUGCAGGUGAGAACCCUUUCACCUGCAAGAAUUGUGGAGAUUCGUUCACCCAGGAAGCUCAAUUGACAGCUCAUGUGGCAUCCCACAGUGGAAAGAGUGGCACCCCAAGUGUGGAAACAGAAAUGGCAGAGCCUGCAGGUGAGAACCCUUUCACCUGCAAGAAUUGUGGAGAUUCGUUCACCCAGGAAGCUCAAUUGACAGCUCAUGUGGCAUCCCACAGUGUAAAGAGUGGCACCCCAAGUGUGGAAACAGAAAUGGCAGAGCCUGCAGGUGAGAACCCUUUCACCUGCAACAAUUGCGGAGAUUCGUUCACCCAGGAAUCUCAAUUGACAGCUCAUGUGGUAUCCCACAGUGGAAAGAGUGGCACCCCAAGUGUCGAAACAGAAAUGGCAGAGCCUGCAGGAUGA